CGUCAGUUCAGUUUUGUACCUACGGUUGAUAACACGGUCAGGUUCGGAUCGAACUGUUGUUUUCGUCUCCGCAUUCUCGGUAUUCCAGACAGGUUGAGUCACCUAGCAGGAAUUUGCCACGCGACACAUUCCGUAGUUUGCUAGUUCUGCCGUUGAGACGGGACCGCGAUACGUUGGGCAUUUGCAUCUGCCAGGAUAGCUUAGCUUCCGUGCCGUAGUCUACGCGAAUAGUUGUUUUCCUUGAAAAAGGAAACUGUGCUCCGUGAAUCAUCCCUUUCUCCCGAAAGUCGGUGUCAUUCGACGGCAAUUGUUGGUGUUUGUGUGUCGUCCCAUCGCGUACGUGAAAAUAUUCGUCUUUGGGUGGAUUGUGAGGUAUUGUUAUUUUCAUCGGGUUUCUUGAGUCACCACCCCCUACGACACGACGACGUACUUCAAGUUCGAGGGAGCAGUGUCAGUGCCGAAAGCUGUGUGUGCGAGAUUUCGCGAAGAACCCCCCCUAAUCGGAAGCAUAUCGCUGUAGUCGUGUAGUGUAGUGUCUAGAUAUCUGCGCCGGCGGAAAGCUCUCCGGAGAAGAGAAGAACCACCAUCAUCAUCCAUACAUACGAGGGCGACCAUAGUUUCGUACACAGAGAUAUACACGGUGCGAAUUUGAGCUCAUUGCCAACAUCGCCUCUAUUGGUACUGCUGCGCUGCACUUCUUAGGCGUGGACCGUCGACGUUUCGGGUUUUCGCGACUGCCACUACCGUCAGUGUUGUAGAGUGUGUUUUUCCGGCGAAAGUGUGUGACAACAACGCCCAACAGAAGAUAGCCAUUCCCAAGAUCAUCCCCAAGAAAUCAGGUUCAAGUGGAAGUGUGCAAGUUGCUCCGAUCCAAGUGGGAAGAAUAUAGUGUGAUCCGACAGUGAAGUCCUGUCUAGCGAAAAUCUGGAAGAUUGCCAAUUGUAGUGUGCCGAAGUUUCCUGCAAAGUUCCUCAAGUUACCCGAUACGUGUCGUUCAACCAUCUCGGUUCCGUCACCGCCGACACCAGUCCAGUGUAGCAUACCCACAGAGUGUUGCGGUUUUAGCUCUACAGCAGAUCCAGCCCUCGAGUGUUCCGGAAAGUUGACUCGACCGACUGUCUGUGUCUGUCUUUGUAUCCAGCCUGCCAGAGCGACAGCCACGUUUUGUUAACCGUGAAAAUUGGAUUAUAUUACUUCGGGCAGAUCGAUAGCUUUAAUUAAUACUUGCACGCCAAGGAAGGAACCAGCCGAGAAGCUCUACGGAUCCGGUUGAACUGCGCCGCAGCUAGAAAACCGGCCACCGUAGCCUCAAAGGUAGCACGACAGCAGCGCCUCGGAGCGCCUACCCUGGAGCACCACCGCCCGCUCAGGCCACACUAAAGGGUGCCCAGCGACCCGCUAUGACUAGCCCAGCCGGUGGAAUCCCCGGUGGCCCAUUCAGAGGAACAGGAGGCUACGGUUACGCACCGACACAGCAGGCCUACCGGUACUCGGCCCCGCUGGCGGCGCAACCGGCGUAUGCGACCUACACACCACACACCACUACCACGGUAAGCUUAUUAGCACCGUCGGAAAGCACCCUUUAUAACUCGAAACAUCAGUACGGCCAGCGUGUACCGACAGCAGCAUCGCCCAGCAACACAAACUCCAGUAGCUCAUCCAACACCGGUUCCCAGAGUGGCACGCUGAGUACGAGUCUGAGCAAUACCAACACGAACAACACGAUGGGCCCCAGUAAUACCCCGCAGCAGACGGAGCAGCUGUCCAAGACGAACCUCUACAUCCGGGGACUGCAGCAGAACACGACCGACAAGGAUCUGAUCAAUAUGUGUGCACAAUACGGUACUAUCAUCUCCACAAAGGCAAUAUUAGAUAAAACAACAAACAAAUGUAAAGGUUACGGAUUUGUUGACUUCGAAUCACCGGCGUGCGCCGAGGGUGCCGUCAAAGGUCUCCAGUCGAAGGGCAUCCAAGCUCAGAUGGCCAAAGUGGGUAUCUGGGUGCUACAUAGGCCGGCCGUUCAGCAACAAGAGCAGGAUCCGACCAACUUGUACAUUGCUAAUCUACCACUUACCUAUAAGGAAACGGAUGUGGAGAACUUACUAUCCAAAUACGGCCAGGUGAUCUCGACCAGGAUCCUUCGUGACCAGAACGCGCAGUCCAAGGGAGUCGGCUUCGCCCGGAUGGAAUCGCGGGAAAAGUGCGAACAGAUCAUCCAGAUGUUCAACGGGACGCAACUGCAAGGCGCAAAGGAACCGCUGCUAGUGAAGUUCGCCGACGGGGGUUCCAAGAAGAAGAAUCCCUUCAAGAGCCCGGAUCCGAACGCGCGGACCUGGCGCGAUGGUGCCGAGGGCAUUCCGGUGACGUACGAUCCGAACCUACAGCAGAACGGAAUCGGUAUGAACGUCGGAGCCCACAUCAGUAUGCCGUAUGGACGGUUCAGCGCUCCUCAGGUGGGAAGCUACGCCGUCCCCGGCUCCCAGUGGGUACCGAGUGGGUACAUGAUGACCCAACCGAUCGCACAGGUCGAUGACCAGCAGUACGUGCAGAUGCAGGCUCCACAUCUUAGCGUUGGCACGCCCUACAAGACCGAUGCUGUUACGAACGUACAGCCACGUGGCGUGUCGAUGAUCAUGUCCAGUGAAAACCCGGCGGCUGGUGUCCAAUACGGCAUGAUGCCGCAGCUCACCACAUUACAGAUUGGAUCAUCGUACAUCAGCCCGACGUAUCCGUAUUACGCGCCAACGCCGUCGAUUAUUCAUGCGAUGCAGAUGGGUGACUCGGAGCAGGUCAGCACGGCGGCUUCUCCGGACGAGGCGUACACCGCACAGUAUCAACAUGGUCCGAAGUAGAGUCCUGCCGGAUCCGGUGCUACCCGCCAGAUCUAGAGCGGGUCCAUCAUCACAAAAAAACAACAGCCGUCAGUUGAAGAAUCGGAAGAAAUAGAAGAAGUAGUGUAGUUUCCAGUCAUCAUCAUCGUCGCUGAUUCGUCAGCGUCGCAAAAUUCGCCACCUCAGUUGAUCGAAGCAAAAACGUAGAAAAAUCAUAGAAACAGCCUCAGCCGGUAAUAACAGCCAAACCAGCAGUAAUGGUUCUAAGUCAAGGUAGGAGAGAUGUUAAUGUAUUUCUGAAGCGAGGAACUUAUCGGAACAACUGAAUGCAAUGCCAAACAGAAACAGAUCGAAAGUGAACCUUGAUCAGUGAAGGUCCACUACGACAAUUGACACGUGUAGAGGAUCAUGGGACAUUGGGGGUUUUGAACUCUCAAAGCAGCAGUGAGAGUUGACAAAGACACACACACAUACACACACUAACAGACUCGCGUAAACACACAAACACCACACACUAAAGAAGCGAAACCGAUACCUCAAUCGAGACGAGAUACACAUAACGCUGUUUUUACAUAAGACUUGAAGAAACUCACAAACAA